GUUGUCUUCAUGUUGUCUUGUUGUUGGUUUGGAUUUUGGGAGUUUUAUGAUAAUUUGGGAAAUUAGGGAGUCUGCAACCCCCAGAGAAGAUAUCCCUUCACUGAGUUAUCGUAUCGCUUGUUAUUGUAAUAUGAGUAGCGAUUAAAAAUAGACCAGAGGAACUUCACAUUUGCAGGACGAUAAUUUCUGAUUGACCGACAUGAAGGCAGUGCUAAUAUUCGAUAAUGUGAACGAUUUAUUGUUUUCCAAGUGGGAUGAUACAUUUCUAGAUCGCAUGAAGGCAUUUGGUGGCCAGGAUAAUGAUAAUAAUGAAGGUGUGACAGACAGCUACAAUGUCUCUCAGCUACUAUCACCUAUUAUUACAUCUCAAAGGGUCAUGGCUGCCCAAUUUGGAAAUACUUAUUCAUCCAUGCAAUGCAAAGAUGGAACUUCAAUAGUAUUUGAUGAGUGGUUGGACCAUGUGUUCCUCAUAAUAAGUGAGCAAGAUGUAGACGAUGCUCACCGGGAGCUGCUGGACUGCAAGACCCUGGUACAGCAUAUCUGCGGGCAGAACAUCAACCUGCUUCACUCCCCAGUAUACCAGAGGUGGUUAUCAGCGCUUCUCGACUGUCGCAACAAAGGGGACUCCAUACCAGGAGCCAGUGGCAUCAUCGGGGAAAGUGGGGUCACCGCCGCUGCCCUCAGUGCCUUGAAGAGUGCUGCCAAGGAGAUCAAGACACCAUAUCCACACUAUCAUCUGCUGCUUUAUGUUGGGGAUAAGAUGUUGGCCCUGUAUUCUAGUCGAGGCAGCGAAGACCUGACCCCGCCGGACCUGAUCCUGCUGAGCAUCCAGGCGGUCGCGGCGCAGGAGUACUGGCGCGAGGUGGAGGGCGAAGGGGGGAGUGAGAAGACUGCGUGUAGUAAUGCGCAUGUGCCGUGGUUAUCACAAGAGAACAGCGCGCUAGUAGCGACGCUGGGCGGCGCGAGCCUCGCCCCGUGCGCGCCGCACUGCCUGCACGCCGCAGCCCUCGCGCCGCGCGUCACGCUGCUGCUGCUGCGCGACAUGGACACACGAGAUAUCGGCAUCGCUGCUCACCUGUCUAGUCAGAUUCUGUCGAAUCUAAGGAGACUGCUGCUUCAGGGGAACUUAGAGAUGCUCCCAACUACACUGGAUGCCUUGGAGUCGGCUUUGAAAAAGACAACAGAAGCGCUCCGCAAAAACAAAGCCAACGCGAAUCUCUGCGCCCGUCUAACCACUCGCAUGCUCGAACUGCGCAAGUCUUGCACGACCACCACCCCGCUCUCCCCCGAGACCACCGCCGCCGCUAUGCACACGGCCAUAGAGGCGGUUUUAGAACAACUCCGGCCGGAUAUACCGAGUCUGAAUAUGGAAAUGGUGCUGAGAGAGCUGAGGAGUGCUCUCGCGCCGUAUUUGGCGUCUCUGACGGAGAAGGGGAAUAGGUGCUUCGGCGGGGAAUCAUAUCCUUUUCAAUAUGGAUACCACCGUAAACAACAAACAUACCAACCACAAAACAAAUUGACCUCCUUAACCCCCACCACGUUGUCUGCCGCUGGCGCCCUAUCCGAAUGCCCGGGGCUACUUCACUUCACGCUGGCGGACCGCGGCGCCGCGCGCUGCCUCGCGCCGCCGCCGCACAAGCACCCUGUAUUAACACCCAAAAAGCUACAACGCAUCACAUCUCGAGCCUUCCGUCUCUUCCGCGAGGGCUACACGGCCGCGACGUGGCGGGACUCGGCGGUGCAUGUCUGCGCUAUACUGUGGUUCGAGAAGGCGGGGGUGACCGUGUCGCCGCGCGCGCUGCACCCCGCCGCCGUCAGGGCGCUGCCGCCGCCGGGCGACAUAUUGGGAUCUUUUUACAGACAACUCAUCGAGCAGGCGUUCCCCAACGAAAGCUCUCAGGUGACAGUGAAGGAGCUGAUCUGUAUCCACCUGGGUCUCGUGCCCACCGCCACGGCCGUGGAGCAAGCGAGGCGUCUCGCUCACACAGCGCUCGACCGCGCCGCGGAGUAUACUCUGUGAACGCAGCUGACAUCUGUCAUAAUCUGUGAACUACCUACCAUAGACAAGAUAGAGGAGUUUUUAUAAUGCACUUAUUGCAUUUAUCUCCGCAAAGUUAAAUUGUGUUUAUGUAAUCUUUUUAAAAAUGAAUAGAAAGGCAGGUAGUCUUAAGCUUGUUUAAAAAUGUGUGCCAAUUGUUUACUAGUUACUAGGGGUUUACCAGCUUUACAAAUACUAUACGGACCGUUGCCACGAGUCGUGCAGGCAGCGCCGCGAUAUAUCAUAUUAAAAAAAAGCCAGAAUAGACUCUUUUUUGUAAUUGCCAUUUAGAAGCAUAAUCAUAUACAUUCCAAAUGUUUUUUAUAAGACUGUUCCAUUGUUAUUUUGUUUAAGACUGUAUUAUUUACUAACUUUUAAGUUUUAUUAUUUCUUAUAUUGAAUUUAAUCAAUAAAGAUUCUUAUUUAUGAAGUUUUUAAA